GCCGCCGCCGGCCCGGCGCGCACACGGCGCUCUGCCACCCCUCUCCCCCGGUUGCCCCCCGUGGCCCGCUGGUGGCUGCGCCCUGGGAGCCCGCGAAGGAGAAGGGCCAGCCAGCCAAGCCCCCUUCCGCCCUCCACACCUCCCUCGCCGAACCUGCCGGGCGCGCCAUCUGGGGAGAGUGUUUUUCCUGGGGUGGGGGGAGAGGGGGGCGCAGAACCGGGCUCGCUCCUGGAUGGUUCGGGAUUCGGAGGGGGCGGCUCGGCGGGCGUGUUGGGGGGAUCCCGCCAACUAGUCCGCCGCCCGCCGCCCUCGUGCUGCUGAAGCCCGGGCGAGGGCACAGGCGCUGCUUCGGCUGGGCUGCGAUGCUCUUUCUCCGGCAGCGGCUCACUCGGCGCGAGCGCUGACAUCCCCGGGGGGAGACCGAAGAGGCGCCGGAGCCCAGCGGCGGCCACCUCCCCCCCCCAACGCCCCCCCCCCCGCCCCAGCCCAGCGCCUGCCCUGCCAGAGAGCGCGCUGCCUCCUCUUCCCUCUCUCUCUCUUGUCUCUCUCUCCGAGCGAAGCCCCCCGAGCGCCCUGGCUCGCCGGCCCGCAUGGCUUCCUUGUACCAGCGCUUCAGCGGGAAGAUCAACACCUCCCGCACGUUCCCGGCCGUCGCCCCCGAAGCCAGCCGCCUGCUGGGCCCCGCGGGCACCGAGGAGGACCCUUCGGCGGCGGCCGGCGCGGCGGAGAACUGGCGGCCCUCGCAAGGAGACACCCCCCGGCCCCGCUUCCAGUACCAGGCGAGGCGGAGCGAAGGCGAGGACGAAGACGAGCUGGUGGGAAGCAACCCUCCGCAAAGAAACUGGAAAGGAAUUGCAAUUGCCUUACUUGUUAUUCUGGUUAUCUGCUCUCUGAUUGUCACUUCAGUUAUCUUGCUGACACCAGUUGAAGACAACAGCCAGUCUCAGAAGAAGAAGAUUACAGUGGAAGAUUUGUUCAGUGAUGACUUCAAAAUUCAUGACCCACAGGCUAAAUGGAUAAGCGAUACUGAAUUUAUUUACAAAAACCGGAACGGCUCUGUGAUUUUGCAGAAUGUUGAAACAAACAGGUCAACAGUGUUAAUCGACAACAAAAUAAUUGUAUCCAUAAGGGCUGUUCGAUAUGAAGUAUCACCGGAUAGAGAAUAUGCACUUUUUGCAUAUGAUAUCAAGCCAGAGCAUCAGCAUUCGUACACAGCGUAUUAUGUCCUCAGAAAACUGCCUUAUGGGGAGCCUCAGAAUUUGUAUCCCCCUGAAGUCAGCAACACGAAGCUUCAGUAUGCAGGAUGGGGGCCCAAAGGACAACAACUGAUAUUUAUCUUCGAGAACAACAUCUACUACUGUGCGAAGGUGGGGAAACAAGCUAUCCGUCUGGUCUCUACUGGGAAAGACAAAGUUAUUUUCAAUGGACUCAGCGACUGGCUAUAUGCAGAGGAGAUUCUGAAGACUCAUAUUGCACACUGGUGGUCUCCGGAUGGCACAAGGUUAGCGUACGCAACCAUUAAUGACUCCAAAGUCCCCACUAUGGAGAUACCGAUGUACACCAAUGAUCUUUACCCCAAAGUAAAAACAUAUCAUUAUCCAAAGGUUGGGGCAGAAAAUCCAAGCAUUUCCUUGCAUGUCAUUGGUUUGAAUGGACCCCCCCAUGACUUGGAAAUGACCCCUCCAGAUGAUCCGAGAAUGAGAGACUACUAUAUUACCAUGGUGAAAUGGGCAACCAGUACCAAAGUGGCAGUGAACUGGUUAAACCGGGCACAGAAUGUUUCCAUCCUGACUCUCUGCGACGCAACCACUGGGGUCUGCACAAAGAAACACGAAGACGAGAGUGAAGCGUGGCUACACAGACAGAAUGAAGAACCUGUCUUCUCCAAAGAUGGCAAGAAGUUCUUCUUUGUUCGAGCUAUACUUCAGGGAGGGCGAGGCAAAUUCUACCACAUCUCCAUGUCGUCUUCCCAGCCCAACAGCAGCAGCGACAAUUUGCAGACCAUCACGUCUGGGGACUGGGAUGUGACCAAGAUUUUGGGAUAUGAUGAAAGGAGGCAAAAAAUCUAUUUCCUCAGCACAGAAGAAUCGCCAAGAAAACGACAGUUAUACAGCACCAGCCUCGGAGACUUCAACAGAAUCUGUUUGUCCUGCGAUUUGAUCAACAACUGCACGUACUUCAGUGCCUCCUUCAGUCCCAACAUGGCCUAUUUCUUGCUGACCUGUGAAGGUCCAAGGGUUCCGAUGGUGAGUGUCUACCACACAGCAGACAUGCUAGCUAGGACAAAAGAUUCACCUGUGAAAGAACUCUAUCAUCUGGAGUUAAAUGAAAAAGUGCAGCAGACAGUAGCUGAAAGGCAAAUGCCUAUAGUAGAAUACGUGGAUGUCAAGAUUCACGAUUACAAAUUGCCAAUGCAAAUUUUAAAGCCGGCUGUCUUCGUGGAAAACCAGCACUAUCCAUUACUUCUGGUGGUCGAUGGAACGCCUGGCACCCAGAGCGUGACGGAGAAGUUUGAAGUGAACUGGGAGAGUGUGAUGGUCAGCUCCCACGAUACAAUUGUGAUAAAGUUUGAUGGCCGCGGGAGUGGAUUUCAAGGGACCAAGCUGUUGCAUGACGUUAAAAGGAAGCUGGGUGUUUUCGAAGAGAAGGAUCAAAUGGAAGCUGUCGGUAAGAUGCUGGGGAAGCCAUAUGUUGAUAAGCUGCGAGUUGCUGUGUUUGGAAAGGACUAUGGGGGCUACUUAAGUGCUUACAUCCUUCUUUCCGGAGAAGAGAACAAAGACGAAAUCUUCUUGUGUGGCGCUGCUCUUUCGCCAUUGACAGACUUCAAGUUGUACGCUUCAGCGUUUUCGGAAAGAUACUUGGGAUUGCUGGGGAUUGACAAUAAAGCAUAUGAGAUCACCAAACUGUCCCACCGAGUGAUGUCAACAAAGGACCAAAAGUUUUUGAUCAUCCACGCAACAGCUGAUGAGAAAAUCCACUUCCAACACACUGCUGACCUCAUUACUCACCUAAUUAAGGCAAAGGCUAAUUACAGCUUGCAGAUAUACCCGGACGAGGGCCAUUACUUCAGCCCCGCUUUGGAGCAGCACUUGUACAAGUCGGUUGUCAGUUUCUUUGCGGAUUGUUUCAAAGGCCAGGACAAAGUCCCAGUAGCACCAACAAAAGACGAUGAAGAUGAGGAUUAACCCUUUGGGCUUGUGCUCAGAAAGCACAAGACCCUUUGUAAUAAGAAUAUGCAACUGAAUCUCUGUUUUGUUUUGUUUUCCUUCCUGGAGAAAGGUGCGUUACACGAGCAUGUUUUUGCCAGAACUGGAAGGCGGAAGCAGCUCGGCUGCUUUCUCCUGGAUCGUGACGCCUUCUUGCGCGGAAGAACAUUUAAGCAUGUGGGACUCAGCAGAAGCUGCUGUUUAAAACAAAGGAAGAAAAAGGAUUGUCUCACUUUUCUUGCCACAAAGUGACUUCUGGAGUAAGAUGCUCGAUCGGGAAACCGGACUGAGAAGGAGAUUACCCCAUGAAUUGCUAGAUGACUAUUUUAAAAAGGCCCUUUGCAUUGGAAGGAUUCGUGCAGUAGCAAUGGAAACCCAGCACCCCUCUGUAGUAGGAACCCCCCUUUAGUUAGCGCUUCUUUGUCUCAGAUAAGACUACCAACCAUGGAAUAAAGAUUAUAGCACAAUUAUUUUUCAAAGGUACUGAUUCAUGAUGUGUUGUUUGCCCGUCAUCCUCUUCCGCCCGUUGCUACCUUGCUGCUCCCUUGAUCAGAGGAUUCCUUUGUACAAAACUCUGCUGUAGCUAUCACUAACAUUUAAUUCAGUUGAUGUACUGUACAGAUUUCUGUAUAUAGUUUUUACCUGUUGCUCCCUUUUACUUCAGUCUUGUAUGGAUUCUUUAGCUUUACAGUGCAUUUUUUGGUAAGGAAGUUGGGGGGGGGGCAGGCGGACUAAACGUUUCAAAUGAUGAGGUCGAGCGUUCCUGCUUUAGAUACCUUGAAGUUCGUCCAAAGCACCUAGAAGUGUUUCUAGUAAGCUUGCUUUAAUGCACUGAUUUCAACUUAGCUAUGUGAUUUGGAAUAAUCCUUAUUGACAUCAAAUGUCUUGUAUUGUGGUUCGAAAAGAAGCACCUUCCCUUAUAAUCAAGAGGGCAACGAAAACUUUUGCAUCCCAUGGUUCAGAAUUUGCCUAGUUUUGUCAAAAUCCCAACAGCCAUGAGAAGACACUUCUGGGUCCUCACUGUUGCAGACGGAAGGGGGAAGCAGAGUGGUGUCUCCUAAGGUUUUCCUGUUGUGUAGAGUAAAUGGAGGCGGUACUUCCUGUCUCACCCUUGCAGGAUACAUGUAAUUUUCUCCUAAUUUCUCCCUCUCGCUUUCUAUUUCCCCAACCUGCAGUCUCUGCCAAUUCAGAUAUGUAUCUUUGUCAAGGAAGCUUUGACUUCUGAAAGUUUAUACCCCAAGGUUGGUUAUUACGAUGCUGAUAAGAUUUGGAUUUGGAGGUUGCAAAUACACAUUCCCUCUUUUCCCGGAAUGUUAAACCAAACCUGCUCUGGAAUAGCCAUUUUUCUUUACCACCAUAGUCCUGAGAAAAGUCAAACCUGUUUGAAACUUGUCUGAAUGCCUUUUGAAUUCAUUCCACUUAUUUUUUUCCCCUUUUUGGUUGCUAUUGUUGCUUCCUGUAAAUUAUUCUGACCAAAUGUACAGCUAGUAUGAAUACUGUAUAAUUCAUUUUGUUGUAUAUAAAAGGAAUGUAAGUCUAUUAUUUGUCAAGUCCCCAGAUCCAGUAUUAAGUCUUGUGUUCAGCAUGCAUGAAGUAACACUCGUUUGCUUAUUAAGACCCCCCUUAGAGGUAUUCACUUGAACUAUAUCAGCCCGUGUGAUUCCUUUUGAUUGUUUUGACAGCUUGAAUGUCAAUGCAGGUUUCUACAUUUUUACAGUGUGCUGUUGGUAAAAACACUCAUCCCCGGCAGCAAACGCAAUGUGGAUAAUUUUCACGGUGUUCUUCAUUUUGUGUCUCCAUUUGUUUUAGGUUCAGUCUGUUGACUGUCGGUGGUAAUUAGAUCAUCAUGGGAGAUAAACCAGUAACUCAAACAAAAAAAAGGGGGGGUGAGGGACAAUCAAACCGUUGUUAUGUUAUUUGCUUAUUAUUUACCGUGCAGCAGAAUCUGUAUGAAUGGGGACUGCAGAGCGAUGCAGUUUUCUUCGGCCAAACGCCAAGCAGACCACUGGAAUGCGACGUGUCCACGUUUCAGUAUUCUUACGGGCUUGCGAGCCUGCCCUGAACUGUCUCAGAGGAGCCCGGCCACCUGCUCUGCCUGUAAUGUUUUGUAGAGGGAAAGCCAAGGUGUGGCAUGGCAGCAUUUGUUCAUUCAUAAAAAAUAAAGCAUUAUUUUACCA